UCCGCACAGUUUUCUUGGUGAGGACUUAUUUCUGCUUCUGUUGUUUUUAUUUUAAUCCACAUUUUGACAGACCGGAAGUCAACAGGCGCGUGUAGGUCAUUGUUAAAGAUGGCGGAUAUUUCCUAUGCAGUGAAGAGAGCAACUGCAGAACUUCCGUAGAAAAAUGUCUGUUAAAGGGUUCUUUAGACUGGGUUCGGCUCGAGCACCAACACCAGCAGUUGAUCCCUGAACACCUGGUCCUGGUGUCAGUUAGAGAUACGUGAUGACGUCAUCAGCAGAGCAGCAGCUGUGUCUGAACAUCUGCAGUGUUCCUUCAUCAUCAUCAUCAUCAUCACUGCCAUGCAGCAGGAAAUGGGCGAAACACAAGAAAUGGACCUCGAAGAAGCAGAAACCAGAGAAGAAGAAGAAGAGCUUCAUCUCCCCAGAGGAAGAGGAGGAUGAUGAAGAGGCUCGCCUGCAGGCCCCGCCCCCUAAGCUGACCCACGGACCACCACAGAAGAAGAAGAGAAGGAAGGAGGAAGUGAAGGAAGGAGGAAGUGGCAGCAUCAAGACUUCCUCUCUGUUCAGACACAACCCAGAGAUCCCAGAGAUCCUCCGACCGGCCGUCGCCCAGCUGAAGGAGAAGGUUUUCAUCUCCGACUUCUUCUCAGACCUCCACCUGCACCCCCACCUGGUGGCGACGCUCAACAAGGUUCUGAACGUCUCCAGACUGACCAGCGUUCAGCAGCAGACCAUCCCGGCUCUCCUAUCUGGACGGGACGCAGCGGUCCGGUCCCAGACGGGUUCAGGGAAGACGCUGUCCUACGCCGUCCCGCUGGUCCAGCGCCUGCAAGCCUCCGAGCCAAAGGUCAGCAGGUCGGACGGCCCGCUGGCGCUGAUCGUGGUUCCGACCCGGGAGCUCGCCCAGCAGACCUACAGCACCUUCCAGAAGCUGCUCAAGCCGUUCACCUGGAUCGUUCCUGGCAUUCUGAUGGGAGGAGAGAAGAAGAAGGCAGAGAAGGCCAGGAUCCGUAAGGGGAUGAACGUGGUGGUGUCGACGCCGGGCCGGCUGGCCGAUCACGUCCAGAACACGCUCAGCUUGACGCUCGGCGCCGUGCGCUGGCUGGUUCUGGACGAGGCAGACAGGAUUCUGGACCUGGGCUUCGACCGGGAGCUGACAGUGAUCCUGAACGGGCUGAACAGAACCGGGCCGACCCGGCAGAACGUGCUGCUGUCGGCCACGCUGAGUCCAGGUGUAACGCGCCUGGUGGACGUCUGCUUGCGGGAUCCAAUCAGCAUCAGUGUUUCUGGCCCCGCCCCCUCUGACCCGCCCGGCCAAUCGGAGGGCUUCGCCGUUCCCGAGGCGCUGCGGCAGUUUGUGGUUCUGGUUCCCAGUAAGGUCCGGCUGGUGUGUCUGGCCGCCUUCAUCCUGGACCGGUGCAAGUUCUCUCAGGGCAACAAGAUGAUCGUUUUCGUGUCGAGCUGCGAAGCCGUCGAGUUCCUGCACCUGCUCUUCAGCUCCGUCCUGACCCGGCACACGGCCAAUCAGGAGCUCAGCUUCCUGCGUCUCCACGGCAACAUGAAACAGGAGGAACGCUGCCAGGUUUUCCACCAGUUCUCCGCUUCCACCACCGGAGUCCUGCUGUGCACAGACGUUGCCGCCAGAGGGCUGGAUCUUCCUCAAGUCAGCUGGAUUGUUCAGUACACUCCUCCCUCGUCGGCCGCCGAGUACGUUCACCGGGUCGGCCGCACGGCUCGGAUCGGAGGAAGAGGAAACGGCCUCCUCUUCCUCACUCCUGCUGAGGCCGCCUUCAUCACGGAGCUGGCCAAUCACAACAUCAGUGUCUCAGAGAUGAAGCUCCAGGAUGUUCUAUCCUGUCUGAUGAAGGAUGAUGCCUUCAAAGGACGUGGGAAAUACCACAGCCAGACGUCUUCCCAGGCGCUGCAGCAGGACAUCAGGGAGCGCGCCACCGUCCUGCAGACGCAGCUGGAGGACUUCGUUCACUCCGACGCCAGCCGGUUGCAGGCGGCUAAGAAAGCGCUGCAGUCCUUCCUGCGGGCCUACACCACCUACCCCGCCCACCUGAAGCAGGUGUUCCACCUGCGGCGCCUCCACCUGGGUCACUCCGCCAAGAGCUUCGGCCUGAGAGACGCUCCACAGGGUCUGAGCCCCGGCCCGGUUCCCGGGGGCCGGGUCCGCAGCGAGAAUCAGAACCGGAUCAAGAAACGGGCAGGAAGCCCGAGGAAGAACCAGAAGCAGAACCAGGGGAGGAAACUGCUCCAUCCGAGUCACAGGGAGGCGGUUCUGAUCCGGUCAGAGUUCUCCAACGGGUUGGAGGGAGGCGGGGCCAAGAAGAAGAGGAAGAGGAAGGUCACUGAGGAGGAGGACUGAGGAUGAAGGUGGUCCUCAACAGAACCGUCUCGACCCGAACCCCCUGAAUCACUCUACUUCUGUCAGGCUGGACCCGGACCAGCAGACUGUGUUUUUCCUCAGAGUGAAACAUCCUGACACAGAACAUCUUUGAUCAGACGAAUUUUAUUUACAAUCAAAUAAAAAACAGAAAAAAGUUUCAGGAUUUUAUUGCUGCAUCACACACAUUUCAGACCCGGACCGGUUCUGGAGAACCACCGGGGAGGAACCGGGUCAGAAUCUGAUCAGAACUGGGCCUCCAGGCGGUUUGGAUCUGACUGUGGUCAGGAUCCAGGAGUUCUGAUGGUCCGUUUGGUUCCAGAACAAACCCAGAGCUUCAGCACAGAACCUUUUGGACCUUCAGGCUGCAGAUCCACAGAUUCAGAUGACAGACUUCUGUCCAAUCGGAGAGCAGCUUCCUUUCACCUUUGACCUGACGGACCCGCUGCAGUUCCAGAACCACGCCCUCUGGCUCCAUGGAAACGGAGGACGCUGGGUGACAUCACGGCGUCCAGGCCGCCUGGUCCGGUUUCAGAGACUGGGUCAGGUUCUGAAACGGAUGGAGGACCAAAUGUUGGUGGGCGUGGCCUCCGUGCAGGUACGUUGUGGGCGGGGCCACGGGGGUCAGAGGACACAGGAAGUGAGGCAGGAGGAGCAUCCGGCCAGCGGCAGCCAGCAGGUCCAAACCGGAAGCAGCCUGGCGCUUCCACUUGGU